AUGGCAGAAGCCUUUGGCCUUGUGGCGAGCGUUUUCGCAACUAUUCAGAUCGCAGAUAGAGUGGUCUCGAUCUGCAAGCACUACAUCGAGAACGUCCGGGAUGCACCAUCCGAUCUACGCACGAUCCUCGUCGAAUGUUCCUCAGUGGGAGCAGUCUUGCAGAACGUCGAGUUCCUCCUCAAAUUCGAAGAACCAGACUCGGCUUUGCGAAAAGCUUUGGACGGAGAUGCAGGGCCUAUUGCAGAAUGCCAUGGCGCCAUCGAACAGCUGGAGAAGUUGAUCGCCUCUGACCAAAACCAGGCACAAGGGCCCCCUGAUUCGAAGAGAAGAAAAGUGCAGGUCACUCUGAGGAACUUGGCAUGGCCGUUGAAGGAGACGAAGGCCAGAAAACUGCUCCAUGACGUUGCACGGUGCAAAAAUACAAUCAAAAAUCAACGAAACGAUGUGUACAAGUGGCUCAGACACACCGACCCGUCAUCAAUUCACCACCGAGCUUGCACAAAUCACGAACCUGGGACGUGCGAAUGGAUGUCACGUACUCCAGAGUGGGCCCAGUUCAGUCAAGGAGAUAUACGAUGCCUAUGGAUUCACGGCAUCCCGGGAGCCGGCAAAACUAUCUUGGCUUCACAACUCGCUGAGAAAAUCGAAGAGAGUUGCCGACAGUCUACCUCAAAUGACUCUGUGUCGAUUGGAAUUCACUACUACUGCUACUUCGGGCACAACCAAGACGAGUCAGCUCCAUUUUUACGAUGGGUCCUUGAGCGUAUGUGCAGGAAGGUAGAUCAGGUCCCAGAUCAUCUUUGGAAGAUGUUCAAGGAUGGUAGGGAUCCUAGCCUCAGCGACCUGCUCACUGCUCUUGGGGCCGCCUCACGCUACUUCAGCAUUGUUUACAUCACGAUUGAUGCUGUUGACGAAAGCAGUCCACGAGAAGAGCUUCUCAAGGUUUUGCGAGAUCUCGCCACCGACUUCAGGUUCCCAAACAUCAGGCUCUUAGUUACUAGUCGCGAAUAUCUGGACAUUGAAAAAGUCAUGGAAGAGAUUUCGACGGAAAUUUCCAUGCGAAACGAGUAUCUCGACGCUGAUAUACGUCUGUAUACUGAGACUCGACUCGCUACCGAUGACAAGCUGAAAGACUGGACAAAGGAUGUACGCAAAGAGGCUCUAAUAGCCCUGUGUGCGGGCGCAAAGGGAAUGUGA